AUGUUGGUUGAAGAUACCCCUAAAGCUGCGGAACCAUUAACUCCUGUAGCUGCAGCGGGAGAUGCUCCUGUUCCUGCAACCCCUCCCCCACAAAUAUCACAGCCCCCACCACCAAGAGUAGCUACUCCACCAGCAGCUGCCCAUCGAAUACCAAAUCAACAAACUGCCACUGUUAAGGUACCACCAACUGAUCCCACCAAAGAGAUAGCUGGAACCAGAUCAGAAUAUCGUGUUAAAAUGAACCGUAUGCGAUUACGUAUUGCCCAACGUUUGAAGGAUGCUCAAAACACAAAUGCCAUGUUGACCACUUUUAAUGAGAUAGACAUGAGCUCGAUCAUGGAUUUCCGCAAAACUAACCUUGAUGCUUUUCAAAAGAAAUACGGAUUGAAAUUAGGAUUUAUGUCUGCAUUCUUAAAAGCGUCUGCUUACGCCCUACAAGAUCAACCCAUUGUCAAUGCUGUAAUAGAAGGCAAUGAAAUUAUCUACAGAGAUUAUAUAGAUAUAUCUGUAGCUGUAGCAACUCCUAAAGGUCUAUUAGUGCCUGUCGUUCGCAAUGUUCAAGACAUGAAUUAUGCAGAUAUUGAAAAAGCAAUUGUGGCUCUCGGUGAAAAAGCGAAAAGAGGUGCUAUUAAUGUUGAAGAUAUGGAUGGUGGUACUUUUACUGUCAGUAAUGGUGGAGUUUUCGGAUCUCUAAUGGGAACACCAAUCAUCAACCCACCACAAUCCGCUAUUUUGGGAAUGCAUAGCAUUUUUGAAAGGCCUAUUACUGUUAAAGGACAGGUAGUCUCAAGGCCCAUGAUGUACAUAGCUUUAACAUAUGAUCAUAGGCUUGUAGAUGGACGUGAAGCUGUACUGUUUUUACGCAAAAUUAAAGCUGCCAUCGAGGAUCCUAGAAUAAUUGUUGCAGGAUUAUAG